AUGGCUUCCGUCCAGAACAAGAUCUUCCGCACGGCGAACGCCCCCACUGGUCCUGCCAGCGAGACCGAGACGGUCGUCGCCCAGGCCAUCCUUGACCUCGAGGCCAACGUCCCCGAGCUCAAGUCUGAGCUCCGCCCCCUCCAGAUCUCGGCCGCCAAGGAGGUCGACGUCAAGGGCGGCAAGAAGGCUAUUGUCAUCUUCGUCCCCAUGCCCCAGCUCAAGGCCUUCCACAAGAUCCAGCAGAGGCUCACCCGUGAGCUCGAGAAGAAGUUCUCGGACCGCCACGUUGUCUUUGUCGGCCAGCGACGAAUCCUCCCCAAGCCCGGCCGCAACGUCCAGAGCAAGCAGAUGCGCCCGCGCAACCGCACCCUGACCGCCGUCCACGAGAACAUCCUCGAGGACCUCGUCUACCCCUCGGAGAUCGUUGGCAAGCGCACCCGCGUCGCCACCGACGGCAGCAAGCUGAUCAAGUGCUUCCUUGACUCCAAGGACGCCACUUCGCUCGAGUACAAGCUCGACAGCUUCAGCAGCGUCUACAAGAAGCUGACGGGCCGCGACGUCACCUUCAUGUUCAGCAGCGACAACUAA